AGCUUGUGGGGUCUAGUUUCCAUCGUGCAGUAGUGCAACUACGCUUUUUACAGUUUUCUUCUGGAAUACCUGCUGGCUGGCAACUUGUCUGCGUGCAUUUAGUCCGUAGUAAUAGCAGAGACCAAAGAAACAUGUCGACAGUGUUUUCUUUCCAAGCGCAGCUCGUCUCCAUCAUGGACGCGUUAACCAAAACAGCUGUGAUGGAAAUCAGCAAACUGGUGGAGAUCGAAUCAAAGAUGCUGAAAAUAGAGAUAACUCGAGGGCGAAAUGAAAUCUCGUCCCUCUCGGAGAAGCUGCAGCUGAUGGAGAAGUUGCUGUUCAUGGCGCAGGCGGCCAGGCAGGAUCCAGUGGCAGCAGCUUGUUCAGUAGUGAAGGACUCUGCAGAAAACACUACAUUUCUGGCACCGGUCAUUAAAAGUGUACUGCAUCCCGGUGAAACCCUGUGGGAAUGCACAAAUCCCCCUGCUGAGAGCAGUUUUCAUCGAGGGGAAGAACACCCAGCCAGUGAACUUCGAAAUCCACCGAAAGAGCCGCCUGAAAUGAUAUUGGUAAAGGAGGAGCCACCAGAGGCAGAUAAUGAAAACAUUAAACAAGAUGGGAUAAGUAGAAACGGAGGGGAAGUAGUUCCGGAUAUGCAGGAUCCGGAAGUGAUGCAACACACCAAACCCAUUGCAGAACACCAGCAGCCUCUAUUCACCAAUAGCACGGAGCAUCAGCAGCCUUUAUUCCCUGAUGGCUUUGUGACUCGGAGCCAACCGUCUCUCCCUGAACCGAGGGUGGACGAACCACGCUGGAAUCCACAACUAACACCUGGAGACACUAACCUAGAAGAUGGAAAAAGAUUGGUUCAAAAUAUUGCCUCCCAAAGCUUAAAUGUUCUCAGGCAUAUGAAGCUUCACAGUUGCAGAAACUCUGUUGCUAAGAGGUUUGGCUGCUUGCAGUGUGGCAAGAAUUUCAGAUGCUUUAGUCAGCUGGAAAUCCACCAGAGAAGUCACACAGGGGAGAAGCCUUUUAGAUGCACGCUGUGUGGAAAGCGAUACGCCCAAAAAGGCCACUUGUACACACACCAGCGCACACACACUGGGGAAAAGCCAUAUCGCUGUCCCAUUUGCGGAAAGGGCUUUAUUCAGAAAUGCACCCUCGAUAUGCAUCAGCGCACACACACGGGAGAAAAACCUUUUGUUUGUAUCAAAUGUGGCAAAGGUUUUACAAAGAACUGUAAUCUGAAAAAACACUUUGCUGUACAUCUAGAUCCUAGUUUGAAUAUUUACAGUAGUGAAUCUGGCACACCAGCAUUUAGUGGGACAUUCAUUGAUGGAACAUCUUACUGCAUCACAUAUUUGAUGAAAAUAGCCAAACGUUGCCAACGGUGGGAAGUGAGCCAAAAUAAAUCACGAAAUCCUGGGGUUGUUUCUGACGAUAUGAUGUGCGACACUGCAAACCGGGGGUUUCGGUCGCAGAUGGCCGCGAUCCUGGACAAAUUAACCAAGACGGCGGUGCUGGAGAUCGGCAAUCUCGCCGAUGAAUGCUCGUCCGUCCUUCGCACCGAGAUCUCCCUUCACAAGACGGAGAACGAGGCGCUGAAGAAGCGCUGCUUCUCGCUGGAGGUGCAGCUGAGAGCGGCCAGGGAGGCGCAGUCCUACCCCGUCAACAGCGGCGUCAGCCUCCGGCAGCCUCCAGAUCAGCACCAGUCUGUUCCAGCCAUUGAGGGGGUAUUUGGAAAGGACUGGUGCAUGGAUCUGUGGAGGGAAGACAGGCUGCCUCCUCAAGCAAGAGAACCAGCGGAUACUUCUAUUAUGACAAAUGCAGGAGCACAGGCAAUUGACAUGAUGGGAGGAGAACCUGAUCUUGUCUUUAUCAAGGAGGAGACAUAUGAUGAUCAUCCUAUUAGCCAACAGAUGAGGCACACCGAUAACAGAAAACUUGUUGGGAUGUUUGAGGAUGACUGCACGCUGCACAGAUCUGUUAAUGACCUGCAGCUCCACACAGGGGAAUUAACCAACUUCCCCAUGACAUCUGAAAGUCAAAUACAACAACGUGCACAGCCGACAAUAAUGGACAGGCUAAUAGAUGAUGCAGCAAUGAGCACAAUGGUUGAAAACAUAAACUCGCCUGCAGCCGCUGUGGGAAACUCGAACUACACCAAUGGCCUCCACCUGAACACAACCAAAGAACUGGCCUUUCAGAACGCGAAACCAACAAAGCGGUUUGAGUGUUUAUUUUGUGGAAAGGUCUUCAACUACUUGAGCAGUUUGAAAGUUCACAUUAGGCGACACUCCGGUGAAAAACCAUUCAGCUGCUCCGUCUGCGGUAAACGCUUUGCUCAAAAAACGUACCUGAAACUGCACCAGCGAGUGCACUCGGGCGAAAAACCAUACAGCUGCCCAGACUGCGGCAAGAGCUUUUCCCAGAAAAGCUCUUUGAACAUCCAUCUUCGAACACACACCGGCGAAAAACCUUACAGCUGUGUGGACUGUGGCAAAUGUUACACGUAUAAGUAUGGUUUAAAUCAUCACCAGUGUUUCAACUGGGUAGUUAAACCAGAAGGGUUUGACAGGGGUCCACUCAGUUCUGGUCAGAGUGGCACAGCAUGUGCCACUAUGUCGAUAUUAACCUCCAACAUGGAUGACAAAUAUUAGUUUAAAACACAAAGUCUUUAUAAACAAUAUUCUUAUUGUAACGUUCAUAGAUUUAACAGUGGAACAUUUUUAAAUUUAGCGCUGAGUUGAAUGUUUUCAGCUGCUGAACACCAGUACAGAUUUGUGUAAUGUUUUUUUAAAUUAUUUGUGACUGAUGAGGACUUCCAGGACUUUCAGAUUUCUUUUUAACCGUAUCCUCAGGCAGCAGGAGACACAACAGCUAAUCUUAAACUAUGAGAAAAAGCAAGUCAUGCAUGUCUACAUACCUCACUUCUCAGGCCACGAUAGGCUUGAUCCAGAUAAAACCAAAAUAACUACUUUUGGAAGGUGCUCUUUGAUUUGCACACAUGCAUCUUAAAACCUUUAAAACUACCUCUUUGAAACAAAGUAGAAAUAAAACAACAGUUUGCUUCAUUGUCCCAGGUGUUGCCAUUGUCUCUUACGCCUGAUCUCUUGGGAUUAAAUGGAAGAUGGUUUGUUUUAUUGAAAAACAUGUUAUGAAAAUGUUGUCUUGGUCAUAUUUAAAAGAUAAAUAAAUGGUUGGAAUCUAAAUGGUGUUACUGUAUUUUUAUGGUUGCAUCACAAUUUCAUGAAAACUAAUUGUGUUGUCAAGAUAGUUAAUCUCAAUUUUCUUCAAAAAAACAGAAGCGCUUUGUUCAGAGCAUU